AUGCAUGGCUAUCCCAAGAGCUUUGGUGGAGGGGGUAUCCUGGAAGAAGGGGAGAGAGAUAGAACUUGUGCAUGCCUAGCUGACCGACGUUUAGAUGCCGUAUCUUUGGGCCCUCCUGACAGAAUUGCCCGGGCCUUGGGGUUUUUACUGCGAUAG